AAAGAAUCUUGAAGUAAGGGACCUCCACGUGGUAAGAUUCGGGCAACAGUUAUUCGAAUAUCUGGCCAACACCUUACUCUAUCAUGAUGUACUGUAAAGCUGAGUUUUUUUAUGUCGCCAAAAUUUUCAUCUUCUUUUUUGAUAUACACGAGGCAUCAAUAAAAUGGGAAAUAACAACAACACCAGUAAUUAUUGGGAAAGAGGCACGCCUGAUUUGUAAUGGACAAAACUGUCCACCUGGCAACACCAAAAAAUGGCUUGGUGGGAAAAACUAUGACCUUCUUUGCUUUGAUAACCAGUCAAAGAAUAUCUCAAAAUAUGAAAUGAAGUCAAAUGGUACAGAUUUUGAGCUUAUGAUUAAAACCUUGAGCUUCAGCGAUCUGAACUGUGAAUACACGUGUGCCUGUGGAUUCCAACAGUAUACUAACAUGUUAAAGUUUGACAAAGAAGUAAUUUAUCCACCAGUUCUACAUGACCACUCUCGUGCACACUUGCAGGAAGACGGUAAAUUCCAAAUUAAUGUGACGAUGGAAGUUUUUCCGUUACCAACAUGCAGAAUAGUCUUAAAGGAUAGCGUUUUGCCAUUAAACAUAUCAGUGGUAAAUAGACCAGAAGGUGAACUUGAUCUGUUUGAAGUUGUUGUACAGGCCACAAUUGGGACGGAUAUGGUUCUUUGUGGAGUAAAUUUAACACUAGAUUGUAAAGUAGGAUCGAUUCAAUACCACCAUCUUCUCAGAAGACCGUACUCAUGCAAAAAAGAUGAUAGAGAACAUAGUAAUCCACAGUAUUUUAUAAUGGCUGGUAUAGUUCUCGCACUAGUAUUUGUGAUUGUGGUCCUAAUGAAAUGUAGAUUAGGAAAACACAAUGUUACUAAUCAAAGAGAUGUAGGCAGUGCAAGUUAUACAGUUGUAAAUGCAAAUAAAUGUUAAAUAUGUCGACACGUCAAGAAACAAACAAUUAUCCUGAGAAGAAGACUUAUAUAGAAGAAGGAUUACAUGAUAUUCUCUCAGAAGGAUUUAACCAGCUGAAGUUAAAGGUAUAAUAUUUGUGUAUAGAUGUAUUACUCUAGUGAAAUUGAGAAACUUAAGCUGUAUAACCAAUCGCAUAGGUGAACACUGAGACGAAGCGAUCAGAAGUCAAACAACAAAUAUACGGAUACAGGCACCGAAUACGAAGGCAGUUUAAAUAAAAUUAGCACCAAUUCAGAUAGUAUGUACAAAAAUGUGCAGUUAUAAAUGGAAUAUUUUGGCCUUUCAAAACGACAUCGUUCCAAGGAAAAGCUAAGUCAUGCAUCAACUAAAACUCAACAUUUACGCAUUUGAAAAAAUUGUAUCGAAGAAUCGACGAUAAGACGGAGAAGCAAAGAAAUAACUUUUGAAAUGUUCUUAACUGGUAGUUCACUUAAAUCAUUAUUUUAGUCAGUUGAAGGAGUUGACAAUGAAUAAAAUAUAUCGAUAGAAUAAUACGAGAAAUCGUCAGAAUUAUAAAAACAGACUGAAACAUCGGUGCAUUACAACGUAUGCAUUAUAGGGAAGCACACAAUUCAAUGCGAUCGAACAAUGACAUAGUCAUAAAAUGAUCAACCUUUAUUUUUCAGCAAUAUUUAUUUUAGCAGUUUAAAUAAAACUGUGUACUCCCGUUUCAGAA